GCCCGCCCGGUGCCCGCCCCCACGACCUGGAGUUGAUGUCACGUCCGGCGGCGGCGGCAGCGGCGCUGAGUUUUGUCUCCCGGGGCGUCGGGGCGCGCGCCGGUGUCCCAGGUGUCCCGCCGCCUCCCUCCUUCCAGCAGGACUCGCCCCUCCUGGCCCUGGGCCCCAGGCCCCAACGGUGCCCGCCUGCCCGGCGGUCGGUCAGCGCACAGGGCACGGCUUCCUCUGCUUCUCCCGGACCACUUAGUCUCAACUCGGAACGAAAUAUGACUGAGGACUCUCAGAGAAACUUUCGUUCAGUAUAUUAUGAGAAAGUGGGGUUUCGUGGAGUUGAAGAAAAGAAAUCAUUAGAAAUUCUCCUAAAAGAUGACCGUCUGGAUACCGAGAAACUUUGUACUUUUAGUCAGAGGUUCCCUCUCCCGUCCAUGUACCGUGCAUUGGUAUGGAAGGUGCUUCUAGGAAUCCUGCCUCCACACCAUGAGUCCCAUGCCAAGGUGAUGAUGUAUCGUAGGGAGCAGUACUUGGAUGUCCUUCAUGCCCUGAAAGUCAUUCGCUUUGUUAGUGAUGCCACACCUCAGGCUGAAGUCUAUCUCCGCAUGUAUCAGCUGGAGUCUGGGAAGUUACCUCGAAGUCCCUCUUUUCCACUGGAGCCAGAAGAUGAAGUAUUUCUUGCCAUAGCUAAAGCCAUGGAGGAAAUGGUGGAAGAUAGUGUCGACUGUUACUGGAUCACCCGACGCUUUGUGAACCAAUUAAAUACCAAGUACCGGGAUUCUUUGCCCCAGUUGCCAAAAGCAUUUGAACAAUACUUGAAUCUGGAAGAUGGCAGACUGCUGACUCAUCUGAAGAUGUGUUCCGCGGCGCCCAAACUUCCUUAUGAUCUCUGGUUCAAGAGGUGCUUUGCGGGAUGUUUGCCUGAAUCCAGUUUACAGAGGGUUUGGGAUAAAGUUGUGAGUGGAUCCUGUAAGAUCCUGGUUUUUGUAGCUGUUGAAAUUUUAUUAACCUUUAAAAUAAAAGUUAUGGCACUGAACAGCGCAGAGAAGAUAACAAAGUUUCUGGAAAAUAUUCCCCAGGACAGCUCAGACGCGAUCGUGAGCAAGGCCAUUGACUUGUGGCACAAACACUGUGGGACCCCGGUCCAUUCAAGCUGAACGCACCCGCUGGUUGUGGACCGUCUGCCAGGCCCACCAUAAUUCCUGGACCCCGAUGGCUUCUGAGUUUGAGAUCGCUGGCUGAGAUCAUCAAAUGAUAAGAAUUCCAAUUUUUGUUUUCCUAAGUCUUUCAUCUGCUAAUCUACCCAACAUGAGCCAGGGGCCAUGUAGAGGGCCAGGCACGUUCUUAAGGGGCUCACAGCCUAGGGGUGCGCAUCUGUGAUUACAAUGUGCAAGGUAAAACUGGAUCAACAGUUUCCAAGGACUGGCAUGUAAUAAAAUAUCCUCAAAACAAUAAGCAAGUUGGGCAUGACUUAGACUUUCACUGCCCAUGUAGAAGGCACUGUACAUUCUUGCAGCAUCUCAGUUGGCCAUCAAGAGGUGAGUCAGAAAGAAACCAUUCAGCAGCCAUGUGGAAGUGGGGCUCACUGGGCACAAGGCAAAACUGUGAAGGAGAUAAAAGUGUCUGUGGUUCUGCAUUGACUGUAUUCCGUGGAGUCCUCCCCUCUCGAGUUCCUAGAAUUAUGUUAUCACUCUUGCUCUGUCUCAUUCCUGUCAAGGCUUGUUUUAGAAAUGGGUGCCAGAGACUCAGUUACAUUCAAAUGUAAACCCGUUCAUUCAUUUAGCAAGUCACUUGUUAGUGCCAGUGCUGUGUAAGGUUCUACAUUAGGUACCAGAGUACAGUGAUGAGCAAAACCAGUCCCUGCCCUUCUGGAACAGAGAAGAUUGGAAGAGGAUGGGGGGGUAGCCAUUAAUCAAACAGUCACAGAAAUGAGUGCAAAAUGUAGCUGGAGUAAGAGAUUCCAUGGUGAGGCACUUGGUGCAGGGAUCUCUGGAUCUGACCAAAUCGGGAGGUCAGGAAAGGCUUCCAGGAGGAAGUGACCUGUGCCCAGAGCUCAGGGAUGGAAGAAGGUGCUCCUUCUGGGCAGAGAGUAAGGAGAGAAGGUUGGUGGGAAGGAGGGCAGGGGCCAGAUGCUGUGGGUAUGAUUUGGAUCUGUGUCCCUGCCCAAAUCACAUGUUGAAUUUUAGUCCCCAGUGUUGGAGGUGGAGCCUGGUGGGACGUGAUUGGAUCAUGGGGGUAGUUUUUCAUGAAUGGUUUAGUCCCAACCCCUUGGUGCUGUUCUAGUGAGAGUGAGUGCAUUCUCGUGAGAUCUGGUUGUUUAAAAGUGCGUAGCACCCUUCCCUCUUGCUCCUGCUCCUCCAGUGUAAGACACCUUGCUUUCCCUUUGUUUUCCACCAUGACUGGAAGUUUCCUGAGGCCUCACCAGAAGCAGAUGCCAGCAUCAUGCUUCCUGAGCAGCCUGCAGAACUGUGAGCCAAUUAAACCUCUUUUCUUUAUAAACCACCCAGUCUCAGGUAUUUCUUCAUAGCAGUGCGGGAGUGGCCUAAUACAGCUGCUUGCUUCUAGGACUUUGGUAUUCUUUUUCUAGGAACAAUGCGAGGCCACUGAAGAGUUUCAGUUUUAGGGUAUGAGAGGGGAAGAGCAAAUGAAAUGAUCAGACUUACAGUGGAAAAAGAUCAUGCUGGUUGUUAUAGGAGAAGGGAUUGGGGGAGGCAAGAGGAAACCUGAGGAGAGGCUUUGGGAGGCUUGGCACACCUGGUAAGAAAUGGUGGAGGCUUGGGCGAGGCUGUGGCGGUGAUGUGCAAGCUCUCAGGAAGUCAUGUAGCCACAGCAUACAUGAAUGGACAGGAAGAAGCAGGUGUACAGGAUAUCUCCUUAGGUCUUCUAACUCAUGCAACUAGAUGAAUGGGAAUGCUGUUCACUGAGGCAGGGACACUGCAAGAGAACCAGGGUGUUUGUGAAGGAAGAGUGGAAGAAAACCACGAACUUGAGUUCGGAUCUGUUACGUUAGAAUGCUCCUGAGACAUAUGAAUGAAGCUGUCAUGUAGGCAGCAGGAUAUGUUCAGCUCAAUGGAGAGGAGAGGACUAGGCCAGUGAUAGAAAUCUGAGACUAGUCUGCAAUAUAGACAAUAUUUGAAGCCAUGAGUAUGGAGAGAGGAGAGAAUGGGAAGAGGAGAGGGCUUAGGAUGGAACUUUGCAGAAUUCCAGUAUUUAAUGCAUGGACUAAGGAGGAUGACCCUGCCAUGGAUUCUGGGGAGGGGCAGUUCUUGGAGGUAGGAUGAGGACUAAAAUGUCAUAUCGUGGAAGCAACGUAAUGGGAAAGAGAAUACAGUAACUAAUGCUAAGGCUUUCUGAAGUGGAGUCGAAGGUUGCAAGAGGAUCGCACUCACACCUGCUGAACGUCAAACCAGGGGAUGUUCCAAUGGACUGGGUCAAACAACUGAAGUCAGCAUCUGCUGGCCUUCAACACCUCUGCUGAGAGUACUCUCAUUAACUAACCAAUCACAACGGCUUUGUGAUUUAGGAUUUCUGCCUGGCCAAUGAACUACUUCCGAAGAUAACUUUUUAUGACCAUCCUCUAUUUUAAAAAUUCUCUCCUGCAGCCUGCCUUAUGGGGCACUCUUCAGGGCUGCCCUGAUCCGGUGUACCCCAGCUGCCAUUUUUGUUUCCCAAAUAAGUGCUAUUUGCUUUGACCUGCGUGUCAAUCUUUUCGUUAACAGUCAGAUGAUAGGUAUGGCCCACAAAGAGUGCUGAGAGCUGCCGUAAGGUUAGAUGAGGCCUGAAAAAAAUGCCCACUGGGUUUAGCACCAUGGAGGCUGUUACUGACAAGACCUAGAGCCCCUUCAGUGGUGUGGCAGGAAGAGAAGCCAGAUUGGAGAGGGCUGAGGACAGGGGUGGAAAAAUGGAUGCACCGAAGGUGGAGGACUUAGCCACGAAGCCUGGCUUUGAAGGGGGUGAGAGAAGUAGAAGUGAAGGAGGCUGUGGUGGAAUUUUAUUUUAUUUAUUUAUU